GUGUUUCCUGUCAUGUGUCGUGUGUCAGUAUAUUUCAGUAAUUUAUCUGGUUUUAACGAAUAACAACAUUGUAAUAAUAAUAUAUUUGUGCAAUUCUAGACAACUGAAACAGUCGAUCCUACCAAAUAUAUCAACGAAGAUUCAAACAAAAAAAUGCAUUGAAGAAUUGAAUGCCAAACCUUCACGAUGAUUAUCCAAGAACCAGUGCAAGCCUCAAUUUGGCAUUGUUUGAAUAAUUAUGAUUAUAAGGAUGCUAUUUUCCUAGCAGAAAGACUUCACGCAGAAAUUGAUAAUAAUGAAACCUUACAUCUCUUAGCUACUAGCUAUUAUAGGAAUGGUGAAAAAAAUAAAACUUUUCACACAUUGAAGAGCAAAUCAAAUCUCUCAUCGCAGUGUAGAUACUUACUUGGGCUAUGUGCUUUUGAACUAGAAAAGUAUGCUGAAGCAGAAGCUGUGCUGAAAGAAAAUAUAAAGGGGACAAACUUGAAUGAAUUGACAUUGGAAUAUGGAGAUCAAGCAUCAUUUGUACAUUUAUUACUUGGGAAGAUAGCUAAUAAAACAGAAAGGAAGACUAGUGCUAUAGAAUUGUGGUGCAAAGCUUUAGAAGUCAAUCCUUUUUUGUGGUCAGGAUUUGAAGAAUUAUGUAUAGUAGGUCACAAUCCAAAUCCCCAACAAAUUUUUCAGUUAGAAAACUUGCAAAGUUUGUUGAUGUGCCAUGGACAUAAUUUAAAUAAUAUAGAAAGUGCUAUUAUAAAUGAGAAUUUACUUGAUAAGCAAGUUGAAACACCACAAGAAGUAAUUGGCUAUAUAAUAAAAACUCCUCAACAAUUAUUCAAUAAGUUGAAUCUAAUGAAUUCAAACUCUCUCUCUACAUUAGAUGAAAGUAGUCCCUUAUCUAAUCCGCUUGGUAUGUCUGGAUUUGCCCCCAUUCCUCCAACAACAAAGCAAAAAGGAACUCGUUUCAAGCGUGAAAACUCAACGCCGAUGAGUCCCAGCUUUGGAUUCCUCAUCGAUUCUAGCCUUGAUUCAAACACUCCAAAACUUUCUUCCCAGUUGAUGUUAAUGGAAACGAAUGCUUACAAUCAGUCAGUAAACCAAUCUUUUCCAAAGAGACUAAAAUCGCAGGACAAUCUGAUAGCUAGGAAGGAAUCUAUUCUGCAAAACUCAAAACAUUGCAUCUCAGUUACAAAUACAAAAACGCCAACAAUGCAGACCUACCAAAACGUUCGAAGAAGUUCGAGGCUUUUCACCAACAGCUAUUCAGUUAAGGAGAACAACACGUCCCCGAACCAGAACAAAUUCGUUACCCCCAAAUCACCGUCCAAGAAGACUAAGCAGAGGCUGCCCAAGUUCAAUAUGAACAAAAAUAAUUUCCACGAGAUAAACACUAGAAAUUUAAGUAAGACUGAAAAGAGUGAGACAAUCACUUCAGAGAGCAAGAACGAGAACUUACAGAAAGCUAGACAGGCCGGCGAAGAAUCUCAAGAUAAUAAGACUGAAAACAGCUCUCAGAAGAGCAUGUUGAUUCAAAAACAGAGCGCAGAGGGGCUAAUGUUGCUCUUGCGGACUGUGGGGAAAGCUUUCUCCGAAUUGAAACAAUUCAUGAACAGGGAAGCUGUCGAAACUUUCUCGUCACUGCCGAAAAAUCAGUUGAAUACGAUUUGGGUACAGUGUCAGCUGGGUAUAGCACAUUUUGAACUUUCAGAAUACGAUGAAGCCAUCAAAUAUUUCAGUAAAGUGCACGUCCAACAUCCUUACCAGAUGGAAUUCAUGGAUACUUUCUCCACCUGCCUGUGGCAUCUGCAGAAAGAGGCUCAAUUGUCAGCUUUGGCCCAAGAUCUCAUCCGAACAGAUCAGUACUCCCCGAUAACCUGGUGUGUAGCAGGUAAUUGCAUGUCGUUGCACAAAGAGCACGAUUCGGCAAUCAAGUUCUUCCAAAGAGCCGUCCAAUGCGGUCCCAACUACGCUUACGCACACACGUUGCUUGGGCACGAAUACAUUACUACCGAGGAGUUAGAUAAGGCGAUGAGUUGUUUCAGAAAUGCAGUAAGACUGAACCCCCGACAUUACAACGCAUGGUUCGGAAUGGGUACUAUUUAUUCUAAACAGGAACGUUUCAACUUAGCCGAAAUGAACUUUGCCAAAGCUCACCAGAUCAACCCCACAAGCUCGAUCAUACUCUGCCAUCUGGGUAUCAUACAGCAUGCAAUGAAGAAUGAUGAGAAGGCCCUGAACACGUUUGAUCUGGCCGUUAAGACCAAUCCGAAGAGUCCCUUGUGCAAAUUCCACCGAGGAUCGAUUUACUUUGCCAUGAACAGACAUGCGGAAGCUUUGAAAGAACUGGAGGAGUUGCAGCAAAUCGUACCCAGGGAAUCUAUGGUUUACUAUUUGAUCGGGAAAAUUCACAAGAAAUUAGGAAAUACCGAUCUGGCCCUUAUGUACUUCAGCUGGGCGACCGAUCUAGAUCCCAAGGGUGCGAACAACCAGAUGAAGGCAGCUUUCGAUCCACCGAUAGGAGGAAGAAGUGAUCCCAGUAACGAUUCAAGUAAUUCCCCCAACGUUUACCAGUCGGAGAGUCCUUUUGCACCUCAAGGCGAGAGGCCAAGCUUUGUUAGUCUCCUUGAAGAAGAUAGCGAAGAUAGUUUCUGAGUAUUUGAUUUUAUUGAUACUCUGGGAUCAUAGCAUGCUUGUACAUAAAAUCAAUAAUGUUCCCCUUUAUUCUAUUUAUAAACUAUGGAUUCGAUUGAAUAAGUGAUCAAAAAACAUGUGUUUUUUUAUUGUUUGCGGUGUAGUUAUGUGAAUUAAACUUUGACUGAAAAUAGAUGUUUUACCAGAGUGCAACUUUAUAUAUUAUAGGAAAUUGAUUUAUUAGAAUGUGUAUCAACUUCUAAGUCAUGAGUCUACCUCAUAGGAAGAAAUUUAUUAUUUUCUUUUGAAUUAGCUUUAGAUUAAAGAUAUUUUUAAUGUGUUUUAUCUUGCAGUAUUGGCCUAUGAUGCUUGCUUUCGAUAUUUUGACUUGGCUCUGGACUAUCAAGAUAUAAUGCACCUAUAUUAACACUAUCAAAUUAUAUUAAAAUGAUUGUUCAUUUCAAUCUAUAUAUAUAUUGGAUCAGUAUUUUUUUAAUCAUUUCAAUUUUAUGAUUUAUUGAAUGUAUAAAUGUUUUAUCAAUAUAUUAGUAUUUUUUGCAAUGGAA